GGAGAGCUGGCAGGGUCGAGCGGCUACGCAGACUUUAUGAUGAAAAAAAGCUGUGAUGAGAAACAUGAGGAGGAGCUUUGCACUCAUCUUACGCUUAAAGGUUAGAACACAGACGCUAACUAAUAAUAUCUUACAGAGGAACCCAGAGCCUCUUAUUGAGCUUACUGUAUCUAGUUAGCAAGGAUCGAAAGUGCUGUUAAACAUGUCGUUAGGCGUCUCUUUGCUUUUAUGCGCCACGUGUUGGUCCGUCUCUUUGGGCGAGGACUCGUACACGGCCAGAGCUCUCAAGCUGAUGUCUGAGACGCCGCUCAUCGACGGCCACAAUGAUCUGCCUUGGCAACUGCGCGAACAAUUCAACAACCAGCUGAACAAAGUGGACCUAAACACUCUGGCAAUGACACACACCAACAUCCCAAAAAUAAAGACGGGUCACCUGGGAGCGCAGUUCUGGUCGGCCUAUGUGCCCUGCGAGUCUCAGUACAAAGAUGCCGUUCGACAAACACUGGAGCAGAUUGAUGUCGUUCACAGGAUGUGUCACAAAUACCCAAACGCGUUUAUGUUUGCCACCAGCAGCCAAGACAUCAUGGCGGCGUUCAAAGUCAAUAAAACGGCCAGUCUGAUUGGCGUGGAGGGGGGUCACUCCAUUGACAGCAGUCUGGGCACUCUGCGCACUUUCUACAACUUGGGGGUCCGCUACCUUACCCUCACACAUUCCUGCAACGUACCCUGGGCUGAUAACUGGCUUGUGGACACUGGAUCAGAACCAUCUGAACACAACGGCCUGUCUCCUUUUGGCAAGCAAGUGCUUGCGGAAAUGAACCGCUUGGGCAUGCUGAUCGACUUGUCUCACGUGCCCGUGUCAGUGAUGCAGCAGGCGCUGGACCUGUCCAAGGCGCCCGUCAUCUUCAGCCACUCUUCGGCCUACACCGUCUGUCCACACAAGAGAAACGUUCCUGAUGACAUUCUCAAGAGAGUGAACGAAAGUGGAGGAAUUGUGAUGAUCAACUUCUACAAUGACUACGUUAGCUGCUCCCCCACCGCCACUCUGGCCAACGUCGCCGAUCAUUUUGACCACAUCAAGAAAGUGGGAGGAGCUGGCAUUAUCGGUUUCGGUGGGGACUACGAUGGCGUCCAAAGACUCCCUGAGGGUCUGGAGGACGUGUCCAAGGUCCCAAGUCUGGUGGCUGAGCUGUUAAGAAGAGGCUGGUCGGAUGAGGAAGUCAAGGCCGCUCUGGGAAACAAUUUGCUUCGUGUACUCAAACGAGCAGAGGAGGUCCGUGACAGCCUGAGCAAGCUGAUGCCAGAUGAUCUUCCCAUCCCGUUGGAUGAGGUGAAGAACCCGUGUAGGACCAACGAUGGUUACCCCAACGGUGGAACUUUGCCUUCACUCAGCAUGGCCGUUCUUCUUUCAACGUUGGCCUUUCGGAUCCUCAUCUAAGUGCUUCAUGGGCUCUCUUGCAUUCACCAACAUGCAGAGCAGUUUUUAAAAGCACCUUCAUGGAAUUAAAUGUCACAUGUUCUUCUUUGGUU